UAAGUUCCAGUUUCCUCGAAUCCAAGUUUUGACGCGGUGGAUUGUAAUUGAAGCGCUCUCUUGGAUGCUUAGAACCGUCGAUAAGGGAUUUGGUAAUUCACGCUUGCGCACAUGGCUCCGGCUCGCCCGCCAAUCCAGUCCAACCGUCCCGCCUACAAGCAACCACAUCCCAUCCCACCCCUCCAUCCCACCCCCAUCCUACCUACAUCCAUCUUUGACAAUAACCUGAAAUUUGAACCCAACCAACCACCACUACGGCCAUUACCACAACGCUAAGCACCCCAACUAGCCUACUCCCACCCUGCUUUCUGUCGCGUCACACAAAUUCCUUACCGCCCAUGUCUCAAGCUCGCCUGUUGCGGGACCUUCCCGAGGACGAACCAUGGCCACCAGUUCCACCCGACGCCGAUGUUAAUGUGUUGGACACCGAAACGCCCGAACUCGUGGUAACUGCGAACUGCAUGAUCUACCGGAUCACAGGGCAGCCCUCCAAGGUCUUCAAGUUCGGGGGUGAGUUUCGAGAAUACCAGCUUCACAAGGCCGCCGGGGACUGCGCCAUUCCAGUCUAUGGGAAGGUGAUCGGCAAACCGAAAAUCGGGAAUGGCAGCCUCUACUUCUACGGCUUUAUAAUAGAUCUCGCCACUCCUAUUUCAACACCUGGGACCGUGCCACCAUCGCAACGCCGUAGCAUCAUGCACCAGAUGAUUCGUAUUGUUGAGCGGCUACACACGAAACAUAUCAUCCACGGUGAUGUAAAGCUGGAAAACAUGCUUCUCGAUAACCAAGGUCGACUUCGGCUUUGUGACUUCUGCGAGGGGCGGUAUAUCGACGAGGACGAGCGCAUCUGGGAUGGAGCUUGGACCAUGCAUUUUGAGUCACCAAACAGGCUCCAAAGGGCCCAACAGUCUGAACGUAGCUUACCGCCACCUACGGUAGAAGAUGAUAUGUAUGGCCUUGGUCUGAGUGUCUGGCAGCUGUACACUGGGAAGAUUCCGCAUGGAGAUGUUGUCGGUGAUGAUCUGGAGCUCAAGGAAAGACAGCGGCAGGGACAAACGGUCGACGUAGGUAUAGUACAAGAUCCGGAGGCCCGUGAGAUCAUCACAACCCUUCUUCGUAGAGGAGGGGCUCGUAUUUAGCACAAAGUAUAGCGGACUGUUGAUGAUUGCUGGUGUCGUGGCAUUGGGUACAGGUAACUUUACACGGGAAUACGCGUGAAAACGGUCGUAAAUUACGCCCCCGGCAAUGCGCACGCA